AUGAAGAAGGGCUUUGGAGGCUCCAGAAAGAGGACUCUCAAGGACUCCAAAGCACCCCCAUCGGAUGGAUAUAUCGAGGAGCGUUCCGUGGCAGGCGCUGUGAAUCUGACAGUCCCUGGCGGAGCUGCUGGGGAGGCAGCCCUGCCAUUGCGACUGCUGGAUGGCUUCUCGCUGUACGUGCUGCAGAGCGACGGCUCCGAGCUCCUUGCCGGCCUUGAACAGCUGGAAAACGGCAGCGUGGAGGGGUUGACGCUGCGCGCGAGGGGGGUCCUGCUGGAGCACCGGGCGGCGGCUGUGGCGGUGGAGGAGGCGCGCGCAAUUGCGCGGCUGCGCGUGCGCGUGCCGGCUGUGCGCGAUUAUGUCAUUGACCACUCCGCCCCGGGCGCCAUCUGGAUCAUCUCCGACGGCGCCUGGUACCGGUUGAUGGCGCCUGCAGAGGAGUACGUUUCAACAUUUGCACCGACGCUGCGCCGGGCGCAGCUGGCAUGGCGGUGCGCGGCCGUCAUGUUCGACCACCCCUCCAUCUCCUACGAGGCUGCAUUGCCCCAUGUGUUGUCGCCGGACUACGGCAACCGCGAGUGGGACAGCGAGGAGGAGGACGGCUUCGACCCCUACUGGGGGGUCGUCGACGAGGGUUCCAUGCGAGAGGCCGAACUGCGCGCUGACUCAGCGUUCCUAGUCGCGCAGCUCGCCCCCUUACUGGGGCACCACGCGCCCAAAUGCGGGCUCCUGCGCACCCUGGCAGAUGCGGCAGGGAUCCCCAUCGAGUCCGUCACCCGCCCAGGUCGGCGCCUGCGCAAGCGGCUGACGCACGCGCGGCCGGCGGACCCAAAGCGGCGGCCGCAGCCGUCCACGGAUUUUCUGGCAGCGCAGCCGCUGCUGCCGGGCAUACUCAUGGCCUGGGACUUCUGCAGCACCUACCGCGCGCUGCUACGGCUGCCGCCCUUCCCCCUAGCGCGCCUGGAAAUGGCAUUCCGCGACGCGGCACCCUCCGACGUCACCUUCCCGCUGGGUCCUAGCAGCGGCGCCGAGGCCGCGCCAAACCAAGCACCUGUGCCAAAUCAGGCCUCCCCGGAGUUGCCAGAUCUGGCGGUGAAUAUGAACGGGGCUGCUACAGAUGCGGAGCCGCCGUCGCGGCCGCCGUCGGCCGGCGCCGGCAUGCUGAGUGUGUCAGCUGGAGGUGAGACGGAUGGUCCCGGCUGGGGCGCGCAUGGGCAGGGGCCGCUCCUGAAGGACAUACACUGCGCGCUGCUGAGACUGAUGGAGGGACUGGACGAGGAGAUCCAGGAGGCGCCCACGCUGGCCGGCUACGGGUCAGCCGCGGACCUCGGCCCGCAGGAAGCCUACAGGCCGCUUCUGGGGGUGACGUGGACAGAGUUGGUCCGCCACUUUCUGGAGGACCACCCCUCGCCGAUGCUGGGCGCCGAUGCCGGUGAUGCGCUGGCGGCGCUGCGGCAGGACGACUACUGGGACCUGUCGGCUGCGCACCGCCUCGCCCUGCUGGAAGCUCUCAUCCAUGCGGCCGCCGACACCGAGGUCAUGCGCAACUACAUAGCGGAGAUGUCUCCCGAUGAGGAGGAUGCUCCGCUGCCGCGCGGGUCGCCCAUUGGUGCUGACUCGACCGGAGCCCUCUACUUCCGCCUUGGCGCAGACGCAGGGCGUGCGCAGCUGUUUGUGGAGAGUCCGGGCGGUGGGGAGUGGGGCUACUAUGAUAUCAAGAGACUACCGGUGCUUGUGGAGUGGCUGGAGUCUGGGAGCGAUGCGGAGCAGGACCUGGCCGACAUCAUCCACGAGGCCUUUGAGCUCGCUGCACACAAUACUCAGACCACAGUUGCGCCCGUCUCAUUGGUGUGCAACACAGGCGUCACGGGCAUUGCGGCGGGGGAUGCUGCCGAGGCGCAGGCGCCGGUGGCGACGUCGGUGGCGGCUCUGGGGCGGCCGGAGGACGGGUACCGCGUGGCCAAGCGCCUGGGGGCAGCCGCCGUGCAGCUGCGCGAGCAGCUGCUGCAACUGCUGAAAGGCGCACGCUUCUGGGAGAAGGACUUCGACUGGCUUCAGGCGCGGGCGGCGGUGCAGGGUCGGCUGGCGCAUGCUACUUCUGCAUGGGAGUUGGCUCGGCUGAUGUGGCUGGUGGAGGAUCUGAUCUACGACGAUAUGCUCAAGGGCACCGGCUGGGGACGCCGCCGCGGCUGGUACCGCGAGCAGCUCGAGGCCUGCCGCACCAUCUCCCAGGUGGCGGUGGUGGCGUGCCAGCUGGCGGUGCACUGCAGGCGCACAGAGGACAUGGGCAUCCUCAGCUUCCAAGCUUUCCAGACAGCCGUCGCCACCCAGCGCAUGCAGCUGCCGUACCUGCCGUCUCCGCGCCAGGAGUGCGUGUGGCUGAAGACCGGCUACGCGGCGCACGUGCACCGGCAGAGGCCGCCGCCCGAGGCCAAGCCGGCCGACGUGCCCAAGUUCUGGGAAGCGGCCGAGAAGACUCGCGUCGAGGAGGUGGUGUUUGCAAGGGGUCACUGGAAGGCGCCUGUGUGGCAGGGGCGCUUUGCCAACAUGGCGCAGGCAGGCUCCGACGAUGACAGCCUCUUAGUCACCUGGUUCCUGCUAGAAAAGCCUCAGCCGCCCGGGCAAGCCACAAACCUGAGCAGCAACACUGAAGAGGAAAUCGACUGGAGCGACUUCACAUUCCAGCACGGAUUCCGGCAGCCCAAGCCCAAGCUGUUUGAGCUGGCACCAGCCGUAAUCACAGAGCAGAAGCCAGGCGAAGCUGAGGCGGGAACGCCUGCGCAUACAGACACAGCAGCCGCUGUGAAGCAGGAAGGAGACCCUGUGAAAAUGGAGGUGGAUGGCUCUGCGCAGUCACCUGUGAAGGCCGAACAGGGAAUCCAGCAGAAUGGCGAGAGCGCCCCAGCCGCGUCCACAGAUCAAGCGCUGUUGAGUCCUUCCUCCACUGCAGAGCCAGUCGCCGAAGGAGAGGAGCCGAGGAAUACUCGCAGCCGGCGCACGCGCACAAAGACUGACUUCUACGCUCUCAACGAGGGCACCACCACCCUCAUGACGCGCAGGGAGAUUGAAGAGGCGGCGGCUGCGACGACGGCGCGUGACCGGGCGGCGGCUGCCGAUGCGGAGGAGGAGGCGCGCGCCGGAGCGGCCGGGGACGAUGGCGAAUCCAUCCGGUUCUGGACGCGGCCCCGCGACCUGGCCGCCUGCGCCGUGUACAUCCGGCCGCCCGCCAAUGAUCGCCCGCCGCACCCGCUGCUGCAAGUGCCGCUCUUCGAGGCAACCGCCGGCCGCGCAUGGCCCGCCGGCGUGCCGGUGAAGAUGCCGAUGUAUGGCAGCAUCUCGGAAGCGAUGUUGCAGCCAAAGCGCUACCGCUGGUUUACGGGGGUGGUCCUUGCACCGUAUCUCCCCUGGAUGUUCCCCUCCUCCUGGACCCCGUCUUCACUACCCCUGACAUCAGCCUCUACUGGGCCGUCAUCUGCAAGCACACCACUAAUGUCACCUGUCAUCUCACCCCCAGCGACUCAAACGCUGCCUGUGCAGCCGGCAGCAUCUGCUGGGCCCACAGUGACAGUGUGCACACCCUCCGCUGCCAGCUCAGCCCCAACAGUGCUGAGCUCGCCAGCAGUUGUCGCGCCCCUGCCAAGCGCAUCGACGACCCUUUCAAACGCAUCAUCGCCCCUCCCCACCGCAUGCAGCACCCCGGCGCUGCCACUCGCUUCUUCACAGCCCCCGUCGAGCGCAGCGGCACCCGCUGCAACACCCGCGGCGGCCAGCGGAGCAUUUGCAGCGCAGCUGCAGAGCGAGGAGAAACUGCAGGAUGCAGCAGCAGCAACUGCUGCAGAAGCAGCCCCAUUGGCAGCGUCGCCUGCGGUGUCUGUGCCACAGCAGGCUCCGCAGCAGUCAGCGCAGCUCAGCCUAGCGCAGCCGGCGCAGGCCAGCGCACAGCAGCCGCCGGCAGCUUCCGGGGAAGCUUCCGCCCCGGCGCCGGCGCAGCGGCCGGGCUCGCUGCACCGGCCGCCGCAGCUGCUGCCAUCGGCGGUGGCGUCUGUGGCGCAGCAGUGGCUGGGGGGCGUGCCUAAUCAGGGAAUGCCUCAGGCCGGCGGCAUGCGCCCGGGCCUCGCAUCGCUGAUCGGCCAGCCCGGCCGCCUGCCCGGCCAGCUGCCUGGAGCUGCCCAAGCGCUGCCCGGCAACCCCCAUGCGUCAACUCCCUUCCAGCCGGCUCCCGGGAGCAUGCCGCUGCAAGGGAUGAUGCUGCAGGGGCACUUCAGGCCGGGCCAGCCGCAGAUGAGCGCAGCGCUGCAGGGGUUGCUGCAGCAGAGGCCAGCAGCCGCAGGGGUUAACCCUCUAGGAAUGUAUGCUGGCAUGGGGGGCGUCAACAUGCAGGGGCUGCGCAUGGACCCCUGGAAGGCCUUAGUCAUCCACUGGGACGAUGACACGCCCCCCAACUGGCCCAACCGCAUCUCCCCCUGGGAGUUGGCAGAGGACAAGGGGGGAGUGAUGCGAGCGGAGAGGGCUCAAAUAAGAGCGGCUGAGAAAGCGCGCAACGAGCAGCUGAAGAGGGAUGCAGCCGCCCGCCAUGCCGCCGCGCAAGCGCAUGCAGCGAGGAUGCAGGCAGACACAGCCGCUCGCCAGGCGGCCAGCGCUGCAAUUGCCCGGAAGGACGCAGACACGCGCAUGGGCCACAUGCAGCCGGCGUCCCUGGCUCUGGCGAACGGCCGGCCGGGCACGCAGCCGCAUCUCAUACUGCAGCCGCCGCCGGUGCAGCAGCACAUGCAGCAGCAGCAGCACCCACAGCUGAAUCUUCUGCAACAGCAGCAAAUGCAGCACAUGCAGAUGCAGUUGCAGCAGCAGCAGCAGCAGCACAUGCAACAGCAGCAGCUUCAGCAGCAGCAGCAGCUUCAGCAGCAGCAGCAGCAGCAGGGGAUGAGGCCAAUGGCAAUGCCAGUGGCAUCGAUGGGAAUGCCGGGGGCUCAGCACUACCGGCCUGUGCAGCAGAUGCCACCCGGCAGCUCUCCUGGGGCAUUUUUCCCAGGGGGGAAGCCCUCGGGGCCCCUUGGGGUCCCCCCCUCGGUGCCACCGCAGCAGCAGGUGCCACCGGCGGCGGCGGCGGGCCCCCAACCGCAGCUGCAGCCGGGCCCCCCGCCGCAGCAGCAGCAGCCGCCGCCAGCCGCCCCCAGCAACUCCCCGGCCGGUCCCCCCGGGCAAAACCCCUCUGCCCUGCCGCCACACCAGGCCCAGCCGCCCGGUGACCAGGCUGCCACCGCCAAUGGGACCCCCCUGGAGAGGCCAGGAACAGCAGUGAGUCUGGCGGCAGCAGUGACGCCCCCAGCCCCCAGCAAUGACAGCAGCCCAAACGGGCUUCCGCGAUCUACAUACGCAACCACGCCGGUCCUCAACGGGAAGGGCGCCGGGCAGCUGAAGCCGCUCAUCCUGACAGGCCCUGCGGACACGCCCAGUCAGCAGGAUCCGGGCACCCCGAGGGCGCAGGAGAGUUCUCCAUCGGAGGCAGGGGAUGAGAAGAAAUCGAGUGAGGGGUUCCGAGAGCGUUGGAUUGCAAAGAAGCCUCGCAAGUGCCUGACCUCCUGGCUCUCCUCUGUCUGCUCCGCCUGUCUGGUGGUGUGCGGCGGGCCCUGUCUGCGAGCGUACCAUUCGGGCUGCCUGGGCCUGCCCGUCCUGCCCGCCCCGGGCAGCGUCUGGUUCUGCCCAGAGUGUGACUCCGGCCGCAUGCGCUGCUUCUCCUGCGGCGAGUUUGGGGCCGGCUUUGAGGACCCCACCAUCCGCAAGUGCUCCCUGGGCGUCUGCGGCCGCUUCUACCACGUCAGAUGCGUGGACCGGCUGGUGAACACGCAGAUGGCGAAGAGGGGCGCGCACUUCCGGUGCCCGCAGCACUACUGCAGUGUCUGCGCCAAGAGCGGCGACGGCGUCGACAUGGUGGUGGUGUGUGCGAGGCACGGUGAAGGCACAGCUCCACCCGCCUACAAGCCGCCACCGCCCCCCAGUGACGCCAAGAUGCACGCCGCCAUCGCUUCUGCCAAAGCCACCGGCCUGCCCGCCAUCAAAACCAAAGGCGCGUCGGGGCUGAAGAGCGCCACCUCAUCGCUGACUAACACACCCACAGCCAGCCCCAUGGCUAGCGGCAGAACGCUGCCGGGAAACCCCCUCGGAAGCUCUGCCACGGCGAUGCUUCCCUCGUCGUCCCUCUUGCCAGGAGCUCCCCUUGGACCAACGCCCAACCCAUCCAUCAGCUCCCCGCUACGUCUGCCGGCCGCGUUCCCCCCGCUCUCGCUGCCACCGCCGGGGCUCCCGGUGGUGCCGCCCCCGAUGGUGGGGGGACCCCUCGGCCUCAGCAUGGCGGAUCCCUCGCUGCCGCUGCCACCGAUGCAGCUGCCACCGGCCAACUGCGGUGAUCUGGCGCCUUCCCCGAUGGUGGUGCGGCCAGCGGUGGUGGCACCAGUGCUGCCCCUUAGCCUGCCCAACCCAGCCAUGGGCCUGCCACCAGUCAGCCUGCCCUGCUUGCCCAGCUCUGGCCUCGCCCCGCUGCCGAUGAUGCACUGCAGCGCCAUGCAGCAGCCGCCGGCAACCAACAGGGGGUCCCUGCAGAUGCAGAUGCAGAUGCAGAUGCCGCAGCAGGCCCCCCUGAGACCCCCCGGCGGCGGUCCUGCUGCGUUCCCGGACCCCUCGCAGAUCCGCCCGCCGCAGCCUAUCCAGGCGCUCACGCUGCCGCCAGCUUCCGCGCACCUUCUCCCGGCCGCGCCGGCGGCCGCAGCUGCGGCCGGCCCCGCGCCGUUGCCGGCGGAUGUAAUGUCUGGCCUUGCGCAACCGCCGUUGCAGGGCCAUCCUGUGGCAUUCCAGCCGCAGCAGAUUGGGCAGCAGCAGUUGCUGCAGCAGCCGGUGAUGGGUGCGCAGCUGCCGCCUGCUAGAAGCUUCCGGGAAGCUGCGGGGAGAGGCAACGGAAGUGGGGUGCAGGUUUCUGCCGCCCCACCGCUCUCGGCUUUCGCUGCCAGCGCUGCCUUCCCGGUUGUGCCCUCGCGGUCGACACUGGCCGGCAGGAUGCAGGAGCAUGGCAGUGGGACUCUCAGCCAGCGCAACAGCGGCGUGUUCCUCACCCCUCAGAACAGCAUGCUGCCCCCACAGGGCGCCAGACCAAUCUCAGCAUCCCCGGUGAUCCAGACGCUGCAGAGCGCAGGCGCACCAAUGCAAGGGAGCGGGCAGCACUUUCCGACUGCCAUGGCCAAUGCAAACAGCCUGCAGCAGCAGAUGGGGGCCGCAGUGGGUCUGAUGCAGAUGCAGCACUGCAACAGCUCAGCUCAGUCGCCCGCGAUCAACACCCUACCAGGGCAGGGGCUGACUGCAGCGGGCAGCUUGGGCAGCCUGCAUGGGCAGCCCAGCGGGCAGCUGCCGGGCCCAUCGCCGGGGCUUGACCACAUCUCCAGCCUGCAGCAGCAGCCGUCAGGCAGUGUUGCUACCCUGCAGCACCAGUAUAGUGACGCUGCCCGGGCAGGCAGCUUGCAAGGGCAGCCCAGCGGGCAAUUGCCAGACCCUACACCGAUGCUUGAGCGCAUUUCCAGCCUGCAGCAGCAACCGUCAGGGGUCGUUGCCUCUCUGCAGCACCAAUACAUUGACGCUGCCCGGGCGGGCAGCUUGGGAAGCCUUCCGGGGCAGCUCAGCGGACAGAUGCCAGGCCCAUCGCCGGGGCUUGACCGGAUCUCCAGCCUGCAGCAGCAGCCAUCAGGAGGUGUUGCCUCUCUGCAGCACCAAUAUAUUGGCGCUGCCCGGGCGGGCAGCUUGCAUGGAGAGCCCAGCGGGCAACUGCCCUGUCCCUCACCAGGGCUUGAGCGCAUCUCCAGCCUGCAGCAGCAGCCGCCGGGGGGCGUUGGCUCUCUGCAGCAUCGGUACAGCAAUACUGAUCGGGCGGGCAGCUUGGGCAGCUUGCAAGGGCAGCCCAGCGGGCAGCUGCCGGGCCCCUCACCCGGGCUGGAAAGGAGAGUUAGCUUGCAGCAGCAGCCGUCAGGGGGUGUUGCCUCCCUGCAUCACUACCACAGCGACUCUGUGCUCGAGCAGCGGCCAAUUGGGCUCCACCCCUUCAACAGCUCCAGCUUGGUGGAACAGCACAUGCCCACUGCGAUGCACCAGCAGCAGCUGCCAGGGGUCAUGCACGCUCAGGGCCAGCCCAUGGUUCAGCCCAUGCCGCCAAGCCUGCAGCAGGCGCGCCAGCUCACCAGCUAG